CCUAUAGAGCCACACCUUCGACUUCUCAAAUAGUCAAUCUUCAUUCAAGAUGGGUAGCAACUAACAACCAUACUUAUAGGCUGCCAUUCAUUAUCAUGUCAGGAGGAUCUCCACAUUCCCCUCUCUUUGGAGUCAUUGAUGCAGCCUCACAUGCACUGACUGACAAUACCCUCUCAUUUACUAAGUCAAAUAUCAAUCCUAUUGAUAUUGCUAAUGGUCUAUACGCAGCUAAAGGACUUAGCGAAAAUGUGUACACAAAAAUUACCACAGGGCCUCCUGCCUCUCCUUCCAAGUCACUUUUACUUAUAUUUAAUGAUGUGAAAGGAAACGUCGGAAAAAACAAUAUCAUUCUCUUUGACAUAUUUCUUACCCAGUUGGUUCAGAGGGGUAUGGCUGGCUCCAAGUUUGCACAGACUCUACUGGAAAGCUAUCAAAAUUUUGUAGAAAAGCAAGAGGAGGAAACAUCUACAGGUACAGUUUACGAUUUGGAAGCUGAACCUAAAUUGGCAGAUCUCAUGAAUUUAGUUGCAGCAAAGAUUUCUUCUGACUGGCGUUUGGUUGGCAUUCAACUUGGUAUGACGAAUUCAGAGCUUGAUGCCAUUCAAAUGGACAUAUCUCUUGCUGGGAAGCCAAUACUUAUGCUGCAGAAAGUCUUUAGUCAUUGGGAGAACUCUGGAAUAAAGCCAUACACAUGGUCAACUGUUUUAGAUGUUUUAAAGUCUCCAUCUGUUGGCCAUAAUGGCCUGGCAGACAGUAUAGUGUCAUCUGCAGAGGAGCAAAAAGUCAUGAAGACUAAGGCAAUCAUGAAGAGAGCUUUAAGGAAAAGAUACGUUGAUCUUUGCUGUGUCCUAAGUGGGAGCUAUGAUACUUUUUCAAGACAAUUUCUGAGCAUAUCAACAAGUUACGAUGCCACAAUGAGGGAAUUUGUUUCCAUUUUGAAUUCAUUAACCACAAUGACCAAAGUGGAAUCUCAUUGCAAUAAGUUCUUGCUAGCUUUGAGGAGUAUUGGCCAACCUGUUACUGGGGCUGGUAGUUCUAUAGGCAGAGAUUGGACAGAUGCUGUUUAUGAUGGCGUGGGCAUUCGCUUGAACUUUGAAACCACAGUAACUUGAUGAAAUUUAUAGACACAGACACAUGUGUAAUAAAAAUUUUAAAUGAUAUAAUAGUUAUAGCACUAAAAUUUAUAUGAA